AUAAUACAAGCUAUAAUGAAUAGCAUAGUUGCAGAGCCCUUAAACAACAAGGAAGAGGAACUUAAGAGAGAAGUUAAAUACUGGGGCUCAUCUCAGCCUGGGCACUUUGAGCAGUUUGACUACUCAGGCGACAUGAAGGUACUCCUUCUUCUGGGGCUCAUCUCCCUCUCCGUGACAGUCCAUGGCGUGACGCUAGAAAGAUGUGACUUUGCCAGAAGAAUAAAGCAACAACUGGAUGGGUACCGUGGUAUCAGCCUGGCUAACUGGGUGUGCUUGGCACAGUGGGAGAGUGGUUUUAACACCAAAGCUACAAACUACAACCCUGGAGAUCGAAGCACUGAUUAUGGGAUAUUUCAGAUCAACAGUCACUAUUGGUGCAAUGAUGGCAAGACACCACACGCAGUGAAUGGCUGUGGAGUCCGUUGUUCAGAACUUCAGGAAGACAACCUUGUUAAAGCAAUACAGUGUGCAAAGAAGAUCGUGGCUCAACAAGGCAUUGGUGCAUGGGUGGCCUGGCGAAACAAGUGCCAAGGAAAAGAUGUUUCCCAAUAUCUCAGAGGUUGCCGUCUGUAACCUGCCGCCUUUACGUCCUUCAUCUCAUGAUGAUUCCUCUGCCUAUUAAGGAGCUUUUUCAAAUCAAAUAUUGAAUUUUUCUCUCUUAAAAGAUCAUUUUCUCAAAUAAAAUUGGAAUAGUUGAAGCAA